GGACCAAUCACUUAAUUCAGAAUCACUUGUCCGUCUUGUCUCUUCAAUGUUCGACCACGAGACGCGGGGUAUAUAAGGUAAACUUAAUAGUGAAGGGAACGCGUGUGUCUUUCUUGGUUUUCCUUUCCCUCCAGUAUCAAUUUCCUCUAUGGCCUCAUACUUCGAUUCCUCACGUAUCCUCUGGGAAAAUCCUCAACCCCAAUUUACCAAUGUCGAAAUCUUCCGUCGUAUGGUCAAUCGCAAACGCGGACUGAAUCUCAAAGAUUAUCAUGAGUUUCACAAAUACUCCAUUGAGAAUUACUCAUUCUGGGAAGAUGCCUGGCAACAUUUACGAAUCAUAUACUCUGUUCCUCCACAAAAUGUUAUCACAGAAGGGCCUAUCCCAAACGUACCAAUUUGGUUCCCUGGUGCUCGUCUCAACUAUGCAGAAAACCUGUUAUGGAGGAACGACGACAGCAUCGCUUGUACUGCAGGUGGAGAGUCGGGAAAAGUAACACAGUGCACCUUUCGAGAACUCAGACUCAAAGUACAGAGUACGGCCUCUGCGAUGCGGGCAAAUGGCUUGCAAAUCGGUGACCGCGUUGCUGCCGUCGUUACAAAUUCCAUUGAAGCCGUUACUCUUGCUCUCGCAACCGCGAGUAUAGGUGGUAUUUAUUCUAGCACGGCAACUGACAUGGGUACCCAAGGUAUCCUCGACCGCUACCACCAGAUUCAGCCCAAAUUUGUAUUCCUUGAAACAGAAGUCAUGUACGCGGGAAAAACUGUAGACUUGAGAGACAAGGUUUCUGCCGUGGUCAAGGGACUCCACGAACAUGGACUAAAAUGUGCCAUUGUACUACCCAGCGCGAUUACCGGGAAGGAGAUAGAAGUCGGCGGCGUACAAAAUACCAUCACUCUUAGCAAAUUCCUUGCAAGUGGAACUGGAAACGAACUCAUAUUUGAACAGCUAUCAUUCAAUCACCCGUUGUAUAUCCUUUACAGUUCUGGCACUUCUGGUCCUCCAAAAUGCAUAGUGCAUUCAGCUGGUGGAGUGUUGAUGCAAACUCUUAAAGAUCAAAGGAUGAUUUUCGACAUGAAAGACACCGAUACGCUUUUCCAGUUCACCACUACGGGCUGGAUGAUGUGGAAUUUCAUGGUUUCAUCUUUGGCCUCCGGGUGUCGAAUGAUCCUAUAUGAUGGAUCUCCAUUCCAUCCUACUUUAGAAGCUUACUUGAAAUUCAUCAGUGACGCAGGAGUAACACUCUGGGGAACUAGUCCACGCUUUCUUGCUGAGGUCAAAGGUCGAAAAAUUUCGCCAUUGAAAAUCGGCUCUUUUGAAGGACUCCGAACGUUAGCUGUGACCGGAGCGGUAGUCACUCCGCCCAUCUUCGAGUGGUCACAGGAGGCGUUCGGUGGGAAAUUUCUCUUUGUAUCCACAUCUGGAGGGACAGAUGUCUGUUGUGCUUUUGUUGGUGGGGUCCCCAGCCUUCCUGUACACGUCGGAGAAAUUCAACAUAAAGCGUUGGGCAUGGCAGUGGAGGUUUUCGACGAAGAUGGAAAGAAUAUCGAACACACCGGACAAGCUGGCGAACUGGUUUGCACUAGACCACAUCCAUCGCUUCCCGUGAUGUUUUGGGGGGACACACCUAGUGGGAAGAAACUUCGUGAUACAUAUUUCAACUUCUACCCGGGAAUUUGGAGACAAGGUGAUUUCAUGGUUGUCAAUCCCAAAACAAAGGGAAUUAUGGUCUUGGGCCGAAGCGAUGGCGUGCUUAAUCCUAACGGCGUCCGCUUUGGCUCGGGCGAAAUUUACACUGUCAUGGAAAAUUUUAAUACUAUCAUAGAAGAUUGCAUUUGCGUAGGGCAGCGUCGUCCCAAUAUUGACGAACACGAACGAGUGCUUCUCUUCCUAAAAAUGCGGGCUGGAAACAAGUUCACAACGUCGUUGGAGAGGGAAAUAAAAAGCAGCAUUCGAACAGCAUUGAGUGCACGGCAUGUACCGUCAUACAUAUUUGAGGUCGAGGAUAUUCCGGUCACUAUCAACGGGAAGAAGAUUGAAAUUGCCGUAAAACAAAUUGUUUCUGGAUCAACUUUGAAGCCAAGUGGGACUGUGGCGAAUCCCGAGUCUUUGAAGUUAUACUUCAAGUACAAGAACAUCGAAGAGAUAGCUGAAACUGAUAAAGUGGGGGUGAAAUCAAGACUUUGAACUUGCGUUAGGGCGCCGCAUUAUAUUUGUAGACUGAUGUGCAUUUGCCAACAUAGAUUUUUUCUGUCUAACCUUGCCUUCGCUAAAAUGAAAAAAAAAUAACCUUAGCUCUCCUUAGCUUCGAUGUUCUAAGGCAGGGGGGAAGCAGCC